AUGGACGAAGACCUUAUUGUUGUGGACGACGUCGAAGAACAAGUCGCUGGACCUUCCGGUACCAAUGGCGCGACCCCCUCUGACAUUCAGCCCGUGCACCAGACCCGCAGCGGCCGCACCGUGCGCACCUCCUCCCGACUGAGCACUCCGCCCGUAUACACCGCGUUUGACAACGCAGAGGGUCGGACGACACGCUCCGCGGCUGCGAGGUCGCGCCCUCAACCGAAGCUGAAGCUGAAGCUGAGCGAGAAGGCCGCAGCGCAGGCUCCUGGUAUGUCGUUCCUGGGCCCAUAUGAUAGGGAGCUGGAUUCGGACGACGAGGAUCUGGUGUUCGAGGAGCAGUUCGUUUUACGGGUGCCCCCGGGCGAAGAUUGCGAGAGGCUGAAGAAGGCAAUUGCUAAUCGGGAUGUGGGCAAUGAUGUCUGGUUCAAGUUUAAAGACUCUCGACGUGCUGUGUUCCAUAUUGGCACCAACACGUACUCGGCCAAACUAGUUGACCUUCCAUGCAUCGUCGAGGCGCAGAAGACACUGGACAACAAACAGAUGUUCAAAGUGGCAGAUAUAUGUCAGAUGCUCGUAGUGCAGGAUCGUAUUGAGAAUGAAGACGCUCUCACAAACCAGAAGAGCUUCAACAUAGACGAGUUCAUAUGGCCCCAUGGCAUCACUCCUCCUCUGCACCAUGUCCGGAAACGCAGAUUCCGUAAGAGGGUCAAUCGAAGAACAAUUGAAACCGUCGAACAAGAGGUAGAGCGAUUGCUGGAAGAAGACGCGCUCGCAGGAGAAGUCAAAUAUGAGGUACUCGAGAACGUCAACCCCGACCUAUCCGACUCCGAGUUUAUCGAACGAGAGGAACCAGUAGACAUGGCCACGCCAUUCCUGGGCUCCGACGCCGAAGCGCCUACGCCCGGUCCUGGCGAGGGUGAAGGCGAGGACGAGGGUGAGGAAGGCCAGGAAGGAGAAGAGGGUGAAGGGGAUAUCGAUGAGGAGUUGGCGGCAGAGCUGGAUCUCGCAUUAGGUGACGAGGAGGCAGAAGGGGAUGACGAAGAGGAAGAGGAGGAUGAAGAAGAUGAGAGCGAAGAGGAGGAUGAGGACGACGAUGACGAGACGGUGCAGGCCAGAAAACUCCUCAAUGAGGAGAUCAGAGAUUUGGAGGCGGCGGUGGCAAAAAAGGGAAGUGAAAUUGCCAGCUCGUCGAACCCGUUGAUUAGGAGACGAUUCGAGGACGCUCUGAAGAAACUUCAAGCAGAUCUGGACAUGAAGUUAGCUCAGAGGGAUGAAAUAAAGGAGAAGACGCGUAUGCGGAAGGAGGGGAUUGUCUUCGAGGAUGCCGACACCGAAGGUGGCCAUGAAGACGGCGAUGUUGCAGACGAUCAUGACGACUUGUUCGGAGACGAGCCAGGUGUGGGUAUGGACAUCGAUUGA